AGAAUGAUUUGACUCAUUGAGAUGUCACAAGCUGACCCACUCUAAAAAGUCCUUCUACCGCCCACGUACUAAAAUGAGAAAGAGAGGAACCAGAGGCACUUGUGUCAGAUUUACAAAAGAAAAUCACAGAAGCGUUUGAAGUUUUUGACCAUGAAAGCAACAAAACUGUAGAUGUCAGCUGAUGCAGUCCAUAGAAUCUGGUGAUUUGCACAUGCGCGGUCCCUCUGCUGCUUAUGCACAUGCGCUGUUCCCGGAGCCUGCCAGAUUCAUUGCACAAGUGCCGGGACCCAUCUGCCAUGGCUUUCUCCUCUCCGGGCAGCCCCCCUCCUACAGGCAGGGAGAUUGGAACAAUCAUACGGUCGUUAGGGUGUUGCCCAACUGAAGGGGAGCUGCAUGACAUGCUUGCAGAGGUGGAGGAAGAAGAGCCAACUGGGUAUAUUCGUUUUGAAAAGUUCUUACCGAUGAUGACCAAAGUAUUACUGGAGAGAAGGUACAGACCAAUACCUGGAGAUGUUCUCCUGCGAGCAUUUGAGGUUUUAGAUGACAAGAAAAAGGGAUUCUUCACUAAAGAAGAACUUAUAAAAUACAUGACUGAAGAAGGAGAACCAUUCACACAAGAGGAAAUGGAAGAGAUGAUCUCAGCUGCUGUGGACCCAGACAAAAACAUUGUUCCUUACAAGGACUACACUGCAAUGAUGGUUGUAGAAGAUUACUGACUGAAUAAUUACUAAUUGUCUGAUAUGCAAAUGUGACUUGUAAAAUGAAAUUAUUAAAAGUGUGAAAUUUUCAUGCUCA